AUGUCUCAACCAUCAAAAGAUUCUCCCAUCGUCAUCAUCGGUGCUGGAACCUGGGGUAUCAGCACCGCCCUCCAUCUCGCUCGCAGGGGGUACAAGGAUAUAAAACUUCUCGACAAAUACCCCGUUCCUUCACCAAUAUCAGCUGGAAAUGAUGUGAACAAGUUCCUCGAGCUGGACUCCUCCCCUGUCGGUGACUACGUCUCCAAAACCAUCGCGCAGGCGACGGUCAGUGGAUGGAAGAACGAUCCUGUCUUCCAGCCCUACUACCAUGACGCCGGUGCAAUUAUUGCAGCAACCUCGCCGGGCGCGAGAGAGGACAUUUCCUCUGGCGGCGGCAUGACUGCUGCCAAUGGCUGGAUACCACGGUCUACGGCGCAGGAGUUCCGUGAAACGAUGCCUCUAGGCGUGCUGACGGGAGACUUCCCUGGCUGGAAAGGUUACUGGAAGAAGGACGGGGCCGGCUGGGUGGCUGCGCGUAAGAGCAUGGAGAGUGCCGCUAAGGAGGCAGCCAGGCUGGGAGUCGCGUUCCUAUCUGGACCUGCUGGAGAGGCCAGGGAGCUUGUCUAUGAAGAUGAUGGGGCCGCCGUGAGGGGGGUGCGUACUGCGGAUGGCCAAGUCCAUCUGGGAGCGAAGACCAUCUUAUGUACCGGGGCUGCGGCAGAGAGCCUUCUCGACAUGAAGGACCAGCUGAGACCUACGGCAUGGACCUUGGCUCAUAUCAAGAUGACGCCGGAGGAGGUGAAGCUCUAUAAAGAUCUACCCGUUUUAUUCAACGUCGAGAGAGGCUUCUUCAUGGAACCGGACGAGGACAAGCAUGAGCUGAAGAUAUGUGACGAACAUCCGGGAUACUGUAACUGGGUGAUGGAGGGAGGGAAGCUCAAGAGUAAGCCAUUCGCGAGGCACCAGAUCCCUCUCGAGUCCGAAGAGCGAGUGCGUCAGUUCCUGAAGGAAACGAUGCCACAUCUAGCCAGUAGACCGUUGAGUUUUGCUCGGAUAUGUUGGUGCGCUGAUACUCCAGAUCGCAAAUUCCUCAUCAGUACGCACCCGGAGCACCGAAACCUGGUGCUCGGCGUCGGCGGUUCAGGCCACGGGUUUGCGCAUAUUCCAUCUGUGGGAUCGUUCAUUGCAGACGUGAUGGAAUCGAAACUAGACCCAAGGUUGGAGAAGGCCUUCCGAUGGCGACCUGAGACUGCUGUUGGGAGGGACUGGGGAGCGUUGCAGGGCCGCUAUGGCCCAGAUGGAAGUAACCGUGUGAUGAACUUUCAGGAUAUCAAGGAGACCGAAUGGACGACCAUUGGAGCGGAUUGA